ACUGCCCCUGCUCCAAUCACCGGCAGCCUUGCGCUCCCCUGGUAGGCCUACUCACCAACCUACUGUCUCACAUUUUGAUACAUCACUCCCGAGCUAUAAACGCGCAUCAACACAACUCGAUUUUUCCUUGCUAUCCGAAGAUGAGAGUGUCCAUCGCGGUUCCCUCUGCAUGCUUUACCUCCUAACUCGGGCUCUAGACCCGCAGCUGGGACGGGAGAGGGAGCAACCUCUCUUUUCUCUCAUCAUCACUCGCUUGGUGUUCCAAGGACACGGGGAGCGAGCCGACAGUCGACGACAAUAAUUGUACGGUAUUUGUGUAUCCUUCUUUUUAAACAAACUUCCUCAUCCUGUCUUUCACGCUGGGCACAGAUAGGGAAGGAGAGAAGAACAAGGCUCCCCAUCGCUAUUUCUACCGUGGAAAUAUAUUUGGUCGGGUUUUGUGCCCUGUCCGUAUUUGGUGAACCCUGGAUUUAGUGAACAUGGAGACGGUGGAGAAGGAGUGCGGAGCGUUAGGUGGACUAUUCCAGGCGAUUGUCAAUGAUAUGAAGUGUUCAUACCCCGUGUGGGAGGACUUCAGUGCCAAGGCCACCAAACUGCACUCCCAGCUCCGGACCACAGUGCUGGCAGCAGUGGCCUUCCUGGAUGCCUUUCAGAAGGUGGCGGACAUGGCCACCAACACCAGAGGCGCCACCAGAGACAUUGGAUCAGCUCUUACCAGGAUGUGCAUGCGGCAUCGCAGCAUCGAGGCCAAACUGCGCCAUUUCACCAAUGCCCUGAUGGAGAGCUUGAUUACUCCUCUCCAGGACAGGAUUGAGGAUUGGAAGAAGACAGCCAACCAGUUGGACAAGGACCAUGCCAAAGAGUACAAGAGAUCUCGUCAUGAGAUCAAGAAGAAGUCCUCAGACACCAUGAAACUGCAGAAGAAGGCCCGGAAAGAAAUCCAGGGCCGAGGGGACCUGCAGCCCCAGCUGGAUAGUGCCAUGCAUGAUGUGAAUGACAUGUACCUGCUGAUGGAGGAGACAGAGAAGCAGGCGGUGCGCCGAGCUCUGGUGGAGGAGAGGGGACGCUUCUGCACCUUCAUUGGCUUCCUGCAGCCUGUAGUGAAUGGAGAGAUUGCCAUGCUGGGAGAGAUCACUCACCUCCAGGCCAUUAUUGAUGACCUCACUGUGCUGACCACAGAUCCCCACAAGCUGCCCCCCGCCAGCGAGCAGGUGAUUAAAGACCUGAAGGGUUCAGACUACAGCUGGUCCUACCAGACCCCUCCCUCCUCCCCUAGCAGUUCUGGAUCCAGGAAGAGCAGCAUGUGCAGCAGUGUGAACAGCGCCCACAGUAGUGCCUCCCGCUCCUCCGGAGGCUCUCAGACUCACUCACCCAGUUCGUCCUAUCGCUACCGCAGCCUGGCCCAGCCGCCACCAGGGAACGCUCACCGCCUCAGCAGCGUCUCCUCCCACGACUCAGGCUUCAUAUCACAGGACGCCAACGUCUACUCCAAGCCUCCCUCGCCCAUGCCCUCUGACAUCACCAGCCAGAAGUCAUCAAGUUCCGCAUCCUCAGAGGCAUCCGAGACCUGCCAGUCAGUCAGUGAGUGCAGCUCUCCCACAACGUUUGGCUCGUCCUUCGCUACCUUCCGUCCUGCUCUCUCUCACACUGGCUCCAUCAGGCCUCUCUCUGUCAUACUUCCUGCGUCCCCACCCUAUAACUGCUCCCCUGGAUCCAACACUACCUCUCCCACAUCAAAGGUUCCUUGCUGGAAGGAUUGGUCUAAGGCAGGUUCUUAUGAGCAGCCAUUGGCUGCCACACUUCAGCGGAGGAAGGAGCCCCUGGAUAGGCUGAGGGAGAGCGAGGCAUCCCCGGGCUCCCAGGGAUAUGCUGGUGCUCACCCAGACGAUGUCCAGAGGUCCCGAAUGACCGCCGCCACCAUCGCUGCCAAGCACGGCGAAGAGGUGUCUCCAGCAGCCAGUGACCUGGCCAUGGUCCUGACCCGUGGUCUCAGCAUGGAGCAGCAGAAGAGCAACAGGGACUCCCUUCAGUACUCUAGUGGUUACAGUACCCAGACCACCACUCCCUCCUGCUCCGAGGACACUAUUCCCUCUCAGGGGUCGGAUUAUGACUGCUACUCUGUGAAUGGAGAUGCCGAAGGUGAGGCGUCAACUGACUUUGACAAGUCCUCCACCAUCCCCCGCCACAGCAACAUCGCCCAGAACUACCGCCGUAUGAUCCAGACCAAGAGGCCGGCCAGCACCGCUGGUCUGCCCAGUGGGGCCCAGGGUGGAGUGCCUGGAGGGGGAGGGGGCAUUGGGACCCCUGGGACUGCCACCAUCCGCCGAACCCCAUCCACCAAGCCGGGUGUGAGGCGCACCCUGUCCAACGCGGGCCCCAUCCCCAUCCGCCCCCCCAUAGUGCCAGUGAAGACACCCACGGUGCCUGAUGCUCCUGGGGGGUACCCCGGGCCUCCGGUACGUGUGGGCAGUGAGGAGUGCGUGUUCUACGUGGCGGAUGACUCCUCCCCCAACACGUUGGAGUAUGUGAAGGCCUCUCCCAAGCGUCUGAGCCUGCCCAACACAGCGUGGGGGUCUGGGGGAGCGAUGGAGAUGAGUGUGUAUGUCCAGCAGGCUGCCCAGCACGGCUCUGAGGAGGACCAGAUGAUAGCCGCUAACCGCCACAGCCUGGUGGAGAAGAUAGGAGAGCUGGUGGCCAGUGCCCAUGCCCUUGGGGAGGGACAGUUCCCCUUCCCCAACCUUCCUGAUGACCCCCCACCUGGCCCGGCCCCCCAGCACGACCCCCAGGCCCACGGGUCAGGCACCGACGUGCUGGUGUCCAUCCGCAGGGGUGUGCGGCUCCGCAAGACCGUCUCCAAUGACAGGUCAGCGCCCAGGAUUUUGUGAUGGUGCGGAGCAGAGGGAGCACAGCCUGCACCUACCAAGGUGCCCCAACCACUACAUACAGUACUUAAUCUGUAGUAAAUACGUGAAUAUGACAACAGAAGAUUACAAAAAAAAUAAGUUUUAAUUAGAAGUAAAUGAUAAAUAACAAUAAUAAUGCUGAUAAUGAAAAAGUAAAUCAUUAAUAAUAAUGACAGGCUCUGGCCACUAUAACUCUAUCGUGUCUGGGCGAAUGUUUGUUUAAUUAGCACCACCAUCACCAGGGGAUCCCCAGACUGUAUAUAGAGACUCUGUCUGGACUGACUGCCGAGAGAGAGACUGUUUAUAGGGACCUGGACUUCCAGCCACCCUCUCCACCUCCUCCCACAACCCCCCACUCCUCACCCAACCUCUUACCCCCCCCAUUCUAGAGUAAAACAGAGGGAAGCAGGUGGCGGAGAGACAGAGUAAAAGUGGGGUCAAUAGGGGGUUCCAUCUCUCCCUCUCCCUUUAGCUCAGGCCACAUGGCUCUGACAAUGCACUGUUAGCUUUAAACCAUGGCUAACCGUGUGUGUGUGUGUGUGUGUGUGUGUGUGUGUGUGUGUAAGAGGUGGGCAGAGUUCUGCUGCAGGUCAGCUGGUUGUAUUUGAGGGUGGGGCUUCUCUCCUCUGUGUCGUUUGUUGUUACCCUCACACUGGGCACACACCGGCUAAAUCAACGCUGUUUCCACAUCAUUUGAAGGAAAUGACGUUGGACCGACGUGGAAUUGACGUCUGUGCCCAGUGGACUGUUUUUAUUGUGACAUUUCAUUUCCUGUUACCACUGUAUGAGAAACGACAAAAUGGAGCCAGGCGUAUAUAUUUUCUAAAUCCAGAGAGAACAUGUUAAUAAGAAAUGGAACAAUAAAUGUGUUUUGUUUUCUGCUUGCGGAGUGGAGGAGGAAAAAGAAGCUGUUAUCUUAGGUUUAGGUUCUCUUUUUUUUAACUUGCAGGCAAUCAUCAGGCAUGCUCAAGUACAUAUGACAGUAGCUGUCUAACUUUGGCCAUUGGCUUUUCUCAAGUCCUUGCCUGGUGUGUUAAAAAAACAGAGAAAUCAGAGAAAACUGAAGCACUUUGAAGGUUAAUUUCUAGUGUCACCACUAGGAGUCAGUGUGGUCACGCUAUGUGAUGAGACGAGGGUGCUAGGGGGGGAUUGAGACAGUUGGUUGUCAUGCGGUGUGCUGAGUGCGUGCCACGGACCAGUGAGCGAAGCAGUUCAAUUGGUGAGAGAAUAGGAAGAUCGAAAAAGGAAGUGAUAAAGAAAGGUGGGAAAUGGGAACGGAAGGAUACGGGAUUGGGGGCAUGGUUAUGUACAAUGGGUCCGUGCUGCAGAGGUUGAAUUCCAAAAAACUGAUUUAUAAUGUAGAUCAUAACAUUUAUGUAAAGAGGGGGAUGGUAAGCUGCUGUACUAGUCAUCACCUGUUGUGAGUCUCAAACAUGAGAUCCAUAGCUCAUGUGCAGCCUUACUCGGGAGCUGGCUUUGCUAAAGACAUUAGAAUGAAAGUGACUAGAGCCAGGUAGAAACAGUGAGGAUAAUGUAAGGGGUUGCCAGAAGAAGAAGCGGGGUAUUUAUGUUUACAGAGUUAGCUGGAAGAGAGUUGCUGCAGCGGAGAGAGAUGGAAUGAGCAUUUCACUGCCUGUUCAUACUGUAAGCCCGAGUCGAGAGUCAGACGCACAGGUGGAAGUCAAGACUAGAAACUGUAUGAAUAUAUAGUGACCUUUCAUAAAAUUAUGUUGCCAUAUUUUUGCAAUAAUGUUAUGCUGUAGUCUUACUUUUGUCAAUGAAAAAAAUAAUAAAAAUAAUUUCCAGAGAACAAUGAAUCACAGUGACAUAGGAUCUGAGCAGGCAGAGAGAGCAUUAUUCUGACCGUUGUACUGUAGGGUAGUGAUGAACUUCAUGGAUGUCUGCCCAAUGCUCCCUAGCUGUGACUGCUGAUGUCCUCACCUUAACUACAAUGACCAUUACAAAAUGUAUCUCAAUGCUUAUUUUGUUUUAAAAAAAAAAAGUUUUUUAUUUAUUUUGCCUAAAUCGAGCACUGUUUUAGAAAUGCCUGUGGCUGUUUUAAAGCGAGGAUCUGCUUUGAGAAGAUGAGAGAAACACCUGGUAUUGUACAAUGUCGAUCAUCUGCUGGAGUACUGAAAUAGUACUUCCGCAAGGGGCUCUGUAAGAGGGUAUGUGUGGUUAGGGUGUGGGGCCGGGCGGCGGAGGAAGGGGAGAGACCAGCAGUGUGGUGGGAGUGGCCCAGGGUGGAUGUGACCUCCCCCUGGCACAGUGCAUUCUGGACCAGAGGAUGCUCAUCCAGAGAAUGUCUGCAAAGCACAGGUCAGAAUGAUGUAUAUUUAUAUAUACAUAUAUACAUACAUGUACUGUUUAAGAAGUUGAACACUAAUUGUACAGGUCAAAUUGCUAGAAUUGUUUUAAAAUGAGUUUAACUCACGUUACUUCACAUUACUGAAGAAAAAGAGGCAAAUGUCAACUCUACAGUGUGUGACAGCAAUAUGGGAGUGUGUUUAUUAGCCAAUUUAACAAUACAACUUCUUGUCUAACAAAAAGGUAAACAUGUUUACUGUCUUUUUAACUGUGCAGACUUAACUUUGGCAAUUAUUCUGUUCCAAUGUCUUGUCAUGCUUGAAUUACUCUGCUUCAUUCUGAUUGUGUGUGAUGCUCCUUACCGUUCCCGAGACCCCAACUCUGUAACCGUCACUUCUAUCAGAGCAUUAGAGCGAGAGAACGACAGGAUGUGGCACAGAGACAGACAGAGCGAGUGAGACUGGGCUGUUUGCUAGUGUGUGUUAGGCUGAGACUGAGAGGACCCCUACAGGGGAACUACAGGGAUGUCAGUCUGGUUGUCUCUCUGCCUGGGAUGAGGUGACACUCUCCAAGACCCCAUGGUGGAUGACUAGCAGUCACCUCACUCCCUCACAUGCCCACAGCUGGGCUGUCUCUGGGUCCCAGACUCUCUUUCCCUCUUUCCUCACUGUCACUUGCUCCUCGCCAUCCUCCCACUGGGCAGAGAUGUCAGUUUAACGCCUAGUUUUGAUUUACAUUUGGUUGAGUUGUCAUGUAACAAUAAUUCAACAUGAAAUCAACAACAAAAAAUGUAUGUUCAAAGUUGGGUGAGAAAAAGAUGGAAUGCCCUUGCGUUGAUGACGUCAUCACAUAGUUUUUUUGGGGGUUGAAAUGACGUGGAAACAACGUUGAUUUAACCAGAUUUUGCCCGGUGGGCUACCCCCACUUAUACUCUCAAUAAAUGUACUUGUUUCUUUUCAACCUCUUAUCCACCCAUCCACCACAACCCCAACUCCUACUAGCAGCUCACUCCAUAGCUUGCAUCAGCUCUUAAACCAGAGCCAAGCCCAAACUCCCAACAGGACUUUGACUGAAACACUUUCCCGCUGGGGCUAAUGCAAGGACAGGGAAUAACUGUGUCAUCACAAUAAAAUGCUAGUCUCACAUUAGAGGAACAACACUUCCAUGAGAAUAUAAUAUCAUGUCUCAUGCUGGCUGGAUUAUAGCUAAUGAAAUCAUUUAAAUUAAACCUUAACUUCACUCUAAGUGAGUGUUAAUUUGCGAUAAGUGCCCAUGUGACUUCUCUCUCUCAAAUCGGGUGAGUUGUUUGUCUGUGUAUCCUGCUGCGCUUGCCAUGGAUGGCGUGUCCAUAGUGUUAGCGCUGUUGCAAGGGGAAUGGAGCAAAUGGGUUGAUGGGAGUGUUUUAGCAUAAUACACUUUUCUCUUCAUGUUGAGUGAGGUUUGCACAGUGCUGUGUAGAGACGUCUUUUUCACUUCCGUGUCUCUCUGCAAUACAGCCUCGGUCGCAAAUUCCACUUAUUUAAAUAGCUUUUUGAAUACACUUAUGCAGAUCUCUUUCACAAUUUCAAUAAUAGAGAAAAUGUGCUUUCAUUGCCUUGUGAGUUUCACUGUGUGUGAUGUAAUACUCCCCCCCGCUAAACUAUAUAGAAAUAACAAUGGAACUCAUUCAUAAUGUGGGAUACUGGAUACGUGACAGGGGUCUAUAGGUCUCAUUGGGUCUCCACGAUGCAUUGCGUAACACAGGUCAACCUGUCCUCCCAAUCUUAAUCCUGGAUAAGAGCUUGGUUAAUCAGCCUUAUGACUGUAAGAACAUUAGAAAGUGGAUGACUGUCAGGAAAACCUCUGGACUAUAGUCAUUCUGGCCAACACAGACCGUAACACUGUAUGCCUUUUAUAGUCUAGACUGGUGUUAGUGUCCGACCAGUACACACAGCCGUACUGUGACCUAGCCAGAUAGCCCAAGCCCUUCUUCCUUUAACUAGCUUAUAAUUCAUACGUUCAAGCAUAUGUCAGGGCAAAGAUUGAAUCAAGCUGGGUAGCAGGUCCUGUAUGGAGGUUAUACUGUAUGUGGUCUAGGAGUAGUUUGUUUACAUUGUCUACAGGUGUUGCGUUGGUGUGUCUUCGUGCUCAUGAAGUCUGCCCCUGACGUAUGUAGAGGAUCUCUGACACUGAUGGAGAAACAUAGACACUGCCUCGACACAAGGUGGCUACACGCCCACUCGCCCACCCACACACAGCCUGUCCCCGUCUAUUUAAAAAGACCCAACAAAGUCGCCCCACAACGAUGUCACCAUCCGUUAACUCAACGCUGUCAGCUCCUGAGAUGUAGUCAGGCAGGGAGGUGACUCGCGUUUCCAGGUGCCAUGGUAACAGAACUGAAUGUCUUAUCACUUGUGGAUUCUCUGUGAUUGCUUCUCUCCUCCCCUUCCCAAAGCCCAAUCCAAUAUUAAAGCUAAACCAAUGCAUCUAUGAACUUGACCCUUGCCACAGUUUUUAUGAAGUCAUUAUUUUCAUUACGGUAUUGUGAAGAGAUAUGAUGUGUGCAUUAUGUUUUUUUGUACAAAACCCCCUCCAACGAAGUCACGUAACGCUACAGGUGCUGUUUUCUGUCUUCUAAUUUCUCUUCUUCUCGUCUUUCAUUUAUGGUGCCCUUUUCUCCAAGGCUGUUUUGCCUCUUUUGCUGAUGACAAGUUUUUCUUUUUGUAAUAUUAAUCCUUUUAAUUUUGUUAACUUUAGUCACUGCUAAUGUAACAAAACGCACUGUGAUGAUUCCAGUAUUAAUAAAAAUGUACUUAAACUGUG